CCGCUUAUUUCCAUUUGAAAAAAUGGUUAACUACAGAGACGCAAAGUCAACAAAUGGAUAUCAUAAACACGGAAAAUUAAAUCAAAAGCAUGGGGAGCCGCAACAGCCAAGGAAGCAAAUGGUGGCGGCAAUGGAGAAAUGCACAACCUAAGCAGAAAAGGCCAAGUAGAUUCUCUUCUCGUUAAACUUGUAAAUGCUUACCCGCCAACGAUAUUCCAAACCGCUCCACAGAGUUGCUAAGCAACGGUAUUGUUUGUUGAAAAACAACCGUACAUAUAACCAUGCACGCAAAUUGUUCGACAAAAAUCCUCAGCCAAAUGCGGUCUUCAUUCACAGGUCCAUGGUCGAUUACAUACACAAAAACUCCCCAUUUCAAGCGCUUGAAAUCUUCAAGAAUCAUCUUCAGCUGGGCUUUCACAACAGCAUCGAUGAAGUUUCCAUUGCCCUGGCCCUCAAAGCUUGCAGCGGAGACAUAUUACUUGGGUCUCAAAUCCAUGGGUUUGCUAUCACCUCUGGAUUGGGUUCGCAUAUUACGGUUCCUAAUGCGCUAAUGAAUAUGUACUGCAAGUCUGGACAGUUUAAUGAAGCUUUGCGUAUUUUUCAAAAUUUAACCGAUCCUGAUAUUGUUUCUUGGAAUACGGUGCUUUCCGGGUUUCAAAGGAGUGAACAUGCUCUAAAUUUUGCUUGGAAAAUGAAUUCAAGUGGCGUCGUUUUUGAUGCUGUGACUUAUACUACUGUUCUUGCGUUCUGUUCAAGGAAUGAAGAGUUUCUGUUUGGAUUGCAAUUGCAUUCUUCUAUAUUGAAAGUUGGAUUAGACUCUGAAGUUUUUGUCGGGAAUGCGCUUGUGACUAUGUAUUCAAGGUGGGGACGUUUACUGGAAGCUAGAAGAGUGUUUGAGGAAAUGCCAGCUAGGGAUUUGGUUUCAUGGAAUGCAAUAAUAUCGGGGUAUACCCAGGAAGGAAUUGGGUUGGAAGCAAUUUGGAUUUUUAUAGAAAUGGUUAGAAAAGGAAUACAACUUGAUCAUGUUUCAUUUACUAGUGCAAUUUCAGCCUGUGGGCAUGAGAAAAACUUAGAGCUUGGGAGUCAGAUACAUGGUUUGAGUAUAAAAAGAGGAUAUGGGAAGCAUGUCUCUGUUGGUAAUGUUCUCAUCUCGACAUACUCGAAGUGUGAUGUCACUCAAGAUGCUAAACUAGUGUUCCAAAAUAUGGACGAGCGCAAUGUAGUCUCAUGGACUACAAUGAUAUCUAUUGAUGAAGAAAAUGUUGUGACUCUCUUUAAUGAGAUGAGAUCAGAUGGGGUUUAUCCCAAUGAUGUUACCUUUGUUGGUUUAAUUCAUGCUUUAACAAUUGGGAGUUUGGUGGAAUCAGGCAAGAGAAUUCAUGGGUUUUGUAUAAAGAGUGCUUUUUUAUCAGAAUCCAGUGUUUGUAAUAGUUUCAUCACCAUGUAUGCCAAGUUUGGAUUCAUGCAAGACUCAAUAAAGGUUUUUGAGGAGCUCAACUAUAGAGAGAUCAUAACAUGGAAUGCUUUAAUAUCUGGUUUCGUACAAAAUAGAUUGUCUCAAGAAGCUAUCCGCACAUUUCUAUCUGCCUUUGUGGAAUCAAAGCCCAAUGAAUACACAUUUGGUAGUGUCUUGAGUGCAAUUGGUGCUGCUGAGGAUGUAUCUUUAAAACAUGGCCAAAGGUGCCACUCUCAAAUAGUAAAACUUGGAUUUAACACCAACACAAUUGUUUCUAGUGCUCUCCUUGACAUGUAUGCAAAGCGCGGGAGCAUUUGCGAGUCUCUCAGAGUUUUUGCUGAGGCACCUCAAAAAAGCCAGUUUGCCUGGACAGCAAUUAUCUCUGCUUAUGCAAGGCAUGGAGACUAUGAAUCUGUCAUGAAUUGGUUUGAGAAUAUGCAGAGGGAAGGGGUGACACCUGACUCCAUUACAUUCCUUUCUGUAAUUGCAGCCUGUGGAAGAAAGGGGAUGGUUGAUAUGGGUCGACAUAUCUUUGACUCAAUGAUAGAAAAAUAUCAUAUUGAACCAUCCUCAGAGCAUUAUUCUUGUAUGGUGGAUAUGUUGGGUCGUGCAGGGCGACUGCACGAGGCAGAGGAGCUGGUGAGUAGCAUUCCAGGACAGCCAGGAUUGUCUGUGUUGCAGAGUUUGUUAGGGGCUUGUAGGAUACAUGGAAAUGUAGAGAUGGGAGAGAGGGUAGCUGAUGCUUUGAUAGCAAUGGAGCCCACUGAGUCAGGCUCAUAUGUGUUGAUGUCCAAUUUGUAUGCUGAGAAGGGACAAUGGGAAGACGUAGCAAAGCUACGAAAAGGGAUGAGAGAGAAGGGAGUGAAGAAGGAAGUAGGAUUUAGUUGGGUGGAUGUUGGUGAUGUUGAUGCAUCUUUAACUUUGCAUUCAUUUUCAUCAGGGGACAAGUCCCACCCACAAUCAGAGGAGAUAUAUAGGAUGGCAGAAUACUUGGGAUCAGAAAUGAAAUUUUUGAGAGAGAGGAAGCAUUUGAAUUAUAGCCUCAUGAAAGAUAGAAAUUUUAGAGCCCUCAAGAUGGGCCCAUAAUUUUCUAUUGGUAACAUUCAUAAAGUGAUUCAUAUGUUAAUUUAAGUUUGAAAAUUUAAGCUUGCAA